AUGGAUGAUAUUGACUGGGACUCGUUUAUAGAAAUCCCAGAUAUUUUCAAUGACACAAAUUUUUCGCCACCUUUUAACAAUGAAGAUAGUGAUAGUAUUAUUGAUAUAAACCCUUGUUUAUCGUAUUCUAACCAGAUAGAUAACGAUAUUGUUGUAAAUACAGAUCUUCCAACGUUUACUGAACAUAACAAUAAUCAUCUAUUGUUUUCCAAAUAUGGUGAUAAUCUUAUGCCAUUGUUUGAGGAUGAAGAUACAAGCUCAUUGCUUUUUGGAAAUGACAAUAAUCUCAGUAAUAUAGAUGCUUUUAGUUAUCAACAUAACCUUCAUGUAGAAAAUGAAUUUGAUGAUUGGCUAUCCGUUGAUAGGUUUAUCUAUAACUAUUGCCUGGAGCGAGGAUUUGGAUACCAAGUUUUCCGUAAUGACAAAGAUUCAAAUGAUCCUAGUAUUACUCGUCGCAAGUCCUUUCGCUGUUUAUCAAGUGGUACUUAUGAACCUCAGAAAGCAAUUGACCAAAAUUCACAUCGUAUACGGGGUACCACAAAAACGAAUUGUGGAUGGUAUUGCACCUUUACACUCUCAAAAACUGCGUAUCUUGUGAAAUACACAACAUUAAAAGAUAAACAUAAUCAUGAAGUGAAUUCUGCCCAAGUAUUUGAUAUUAUUGCUAGGUAUCGACGUUUUAGCAAAGAAAUGAUACAAGACAUUAAGUUUUUUUUAGAUUGUAAAGUAGCGCCCAUGACUCAAUUAGAGAUGCUUAAAAAGAAAUAUCCACAACAUGUAUUUCAUAAGCAAGACGUAUAUAAUACAAUUUAUAAAUUACGUAAGGAUGACGAUGAAAGGCUUGAUUCUGUUUCAUUUCUUGAUAUUCUUUUUGAAAAAAUGUCUCAAGAUCCGUGCUGGAAAGUAUUUAUCCGACAUUCUGGUUCUGAACGUCGAUUAUCGGGUGUUUUCUGGAUGUCUCCCUCCCAACAAGAGUUGUACUAG